AUGGCCUUGAAAAGACUGCUUGAGAACUUAAUUCGUAAAAAGGUUAAAAAAGAAUGGCUGCCAGAAACUCCACUUCGAAGAUGUCUAACAACAUUGGACCUUACUUCCUUGGGUUUUGGUACAAUUGUUGGCGCCGGACUGUAUGUGGCAAUUGGUGAAGUAGCGCGGGACACUACAGGUCCGUCUGUCGUCCUUUCUAUUCUCUUAGCGUCUGUGGCGGCAUUGUUAUGCGCGCUUUCAUUCGCCGAGUAUGGUAGCCGUUUUCCAGACACUGGAUCGUCGUACAUUUACACAUAUACAACUUUAGGUGAAGUGUGGGCGUUCAUUGUAGGCUGGAACAUAGUUUUGGAAUUUUUAAUUUCCGGAGCAAGUCUUGCUAGAAAGUGCAGCGAGUUCAUAAAUUCUACUUCCAGUGGGAAGUUGUUCCUCUUCUUUGAAGAAUACCUUUCAACGCACUGGCUCGUAUUCGGGAAUGAAAGAACAUUCCCAGACCUACUGGCGGCCGCCCUAGUUCUUGCAGUGAUGGCGGUUCUCUGCACGGGGGUUCACAAUUCCACAAAUUUUCACAACGUUAUUACCGCAGUUAACUUGCUAGUUAUAACAUUUAUAAUCAUCUACGGAAGUUUCUUCGCAAACUUACAAAACUGGACGAACAGUUUUAUGCCUCACGGUCUGCACGGCAUAUUACGUGGAACAGCAAUUGCUUUCCUUGCCUUUACAGGCUUCGAUGUUGUUGCCGAGGCCGCAGAAGAAGCCGUACAGCCAGAGAAAAGUAUUCCAAGAUCACUGUUCUUAAUUAUAAUAAUGAGCACGCUGGCAUACGUGGGUGUUUCCACGGUACUGACACUUAUGAUGCCUUAUAAACAAUUAAAACAUGAUGCUUUUGCACCACUAGCAGAUGCCUUUCAAGAAAGGACAUUUGGCGGAGCCAAAUACAUUGUGUUAAGCGGAGGUAUUUGCGCGACAAUCAGCGCACUUUUCUGCUGUAUUUACUCCACCUCGAGAGUUGUCCAUUCAAUGUCUGUUGACGGACUGUUGUUUAGGUGGUUCUCCCAAAUAAACCAUAAAUCACAGGUGCCUGGCCGAGCGACGUUCGUUUCUGGAAUCAUCAUGGCGAUUUUAGCUAUGAUUUUUCAAGUUAACCAACUGGUAAGUUCCGUUUUUGUUCUGUUAAAUUCGACAGGAACUGACAAUGCUAACUUAACUUGCUACCAUUUACCUUAUUAUAGGAAAUUAACGCUCCAUGAAAUUAACGCGAAUCGUUAAAAUUCGCGUUAUUUUUCAUCUUUCACAAAAGCUAGGGCGAAGGUUUACAAUUAUAUUUCGAGUUAUCUUCAUCGUUGCCGCUGUCAGAAGUGAUGUCAAUAUCUUCUCCUUUGAUUUCGCGUAAUUAAUCCUGUUAAUUUCCUUUAUCAUGAAAUUCUACCUCCUCUUUCGCGUUAAUUUUCUUUAUUCGAAAGUCGUUUUCCGUUAAAUUCGCGUUAAUUUAAGUCGCGUUAAUUUCCAAUACCUUAAUUUCAUGGAGCGUUAAUUUCCUAUAAUAAGGUAGUCAGGAUUUUCUGCUUGGCUACUUAGGACUUAAACGGCAGUGAAAAUAUCAAACAGAAUUACACUACGCUAAUCCUUUUAAACCACUUCACAACGAGUACCUAUACUGCCUCGAUGUGUGUAAUAAAGCCUAGUGUUUGUGUAAUUUAAUUGUUAGUUUGCAUUUAGGGCCAAAGAAAAAGAAGAAAAUCGUGAUGAAGUGGCGUCAAGAAAAUUUUAGACUUCUCGUAUUGUUCAGAGGACGACAAAGAAAUCGUGUACUAGAAGGCGUUAUGAACGUGCACGAGUUGCUAGGAUGCAAUUUGUUUUUCUUACGUUUCUUAUUGCGCAAUUGCCUACUAACUCCAGGUCAUAAAAUUUGUAUCAUCAGGUGGAACUUUUGUCAAUUGGAACGCUAGUAGCUUACACGAAAGUGGCCAUAUCUGUUCUUGUCAGUCGCUAUCAGCCUGGGGUAGAGAGCGUUCCACAUCCCGAAGGACCAAACGCAAACAUAACUGAGUGGCUACGUAAACUGGUCUCCUUCUCGAAAGAAAAGAAAAACACAAAACAAUCUCGAAAAGCUUACGAACGGAUCACAAGCGACGAUGACAAAUCUGUUUCUUCGCAUCCUCACUUUUCAGAUUCUUCAGAUUCAACUAAUUCAGAAGUUACUGAAAAUACCGCAUAUCGAGCAGAAGUGGGCGUGUUUUGCCUGGUUGUGAGUAUGGCGGUUCUGGCUAUCAUGUUGAGAUUUAUAUAUGACGAUAUCUAUAAAGGAAAAUGGUGGGCAGUCUGCCUGAUCUACUUUGCCUCCACAAUUAUCAUCGUUUCAUUUUUGGUUGUCCAGCUUCAGCCCCAAAAUUCUGCCACGUUUCCAUUUAUGGUGUGUUUUGUUCCUUUCACGCCAGCGUUGACAAUAUUCAUCAACAUUUUGUUGUUAGCAAAUCUUAAUGAGAUGACUUAUGUUCGCUUUGGAGUAUGGAUGUUGCUAGGUGAGUCAAACUUAAUUUUAUACUACGCAAGGCAAUUAAAAUGUUGA